GUUCCUGAUCGGAUAACCUUCCUCCCCACUUCCCGGGGGCAUCUGCAACCAGGAAGCCCUUCCCGAGCGUGGGGAGGGCGCGCGUCGUUUUCCGGCUUUCCGGACUCUUCGGAGGCAAGAUGGCGUCGAGUAGUGGGGCUAAAAACUUAGACUUCCGUCGAAAGUGGGACAAAGACGAAUAUGAGAAGCUUGCAGAGAAACGACUUACAGAAGAAAGAGAGAAGAAAGAUGGCAAACCAGUGCAGCCUAUCAAGCGUGAGCUUCUGCGGCAUCGAGAUUACAAAGUGGAUCUGGAAUCCAAAUUGGGGAAAACUAUUGUUAUUACCAAAACUACUCCUCAGUCUGAGAUGGGAGGGUAUUAUUGUAAUGUAUGUGACUGUGUAGUGAAAGAUUCCAUCAACUUCCUUGAUCAUAUCAAUGGCAAAAAACAUCAGAGGAACCUUGGUAUGUCCAUGAGAGUAGAGCGUUCUACUCUGGAUCAGGUGAAGAAACGUUUUGAAGUGAACAAGAAAAAAAUGGAGGAGAAGCAGAAGGAUUAUGACUUUGAGGAGAGGAUGAAGGAGCUCAGAGAAGAGGAGGAAAAGGCCAAAGCCUACAAAAAGGAAAAACAAAGGGAGAAGAAAAGGAGGGCAGAGGAAGACUUGACAUUUGAAGAAGACGAUGAAAUGGCUGCUGUAAUGGGUUUCUCUGGUUUUGGCUCAACUAAGAAGAGCUACUGAUUAGCCAGAAACUGUAUUUUGAAUGGCUACUGUUUAUGCCCUGAUGAUGGUUCAAAAUCCCAGAAAGCCUUUGCAAAGAAUUUGUAUCUAAAUAACCUGAUACAAGUUGGGAAACAAUUCCACAUGUCCCACGUGGGGCUGAUUCUACCCUACCAUAAUUAAAACUUCCCUGGUUGAACAGAUAGCACCACAUUUUUGCCUAUGUGUUGAUAACUUUAAAUCCCAAAUAAAAAUACUAUCAAAUAAUAUCUCCCCUCCCUUGAUCCCCUGACAAUAUUUAAGGAUACAUCUUUUUUCAAGAUCUGCUUGAAAUGCCCACACACUUUCACACAGAAUUCUGUGGUGAUUAUAGAAUAAUUUUUAAGCACGAAAUUUCUCUUGGCCUUGUCUACAGCUGCAGUUUUCUGGUGCAAGUUCUGCUUGCUUUUUACUUUGUAUUAUGUGCAUGAGAGAUGUGCUACUGGGUAUGCUUUUUUCUUUUAAUAAACUCAUAAAAAUCUA